AUGUCUUCUCACAAGACUUUCAGGAUCAAGCUACUCCUGGUCAAAAGACAAAAGCAGAAGGGUCCCAUUCCCCAGUGGAUUCAGAUGAAAACUGACUAUAAGAUCAGGUACAACUCCAAGAGGAGUCACUGGACAAGAUCUAAGCUGGGUCUAUAA